GUACCCGGAACUGUUACCAAGGUUUCCUGGGGUUCGGGCGGUGGCGCGACGGCGGCUUAGAGACGCGAACCGACCGAGAUCUUCCUAGGCUCGCGAGAACGCCCCCUUCUCUAGCGGUUUAGGGGACCCAGCGGCCGCAAUGGCCCCUGUGUCGGGUUCGCGCAGCCCUGAGGGAUCGGCCUCGGGCUCCGGGGGCAAGCGUCGCAGUUCGUCCAGGAGCCCUAAGCCCAGCCGAUCCGCCCGCUCCCCGCGGGGCCGUCGCUCGCGCUCGAGAUCUCGCUCGCACUCUUGCUCUCGGAAUGGUCUCAGCCAUCAGCUGGGCAGCUUCGGUCAGGGCUCGCGAAACCAGUCCUACCGUUCCCGCUCGCGGUCCCGCUCCCGGGAGCGGCCCUCGGCGCAGCGGGGCAGCACCUUCGCUUCAGCCUCCUCGACCGCGUAUUAUGGCGGCUACUCGCGCCCCUACGGGAGCGACAAGCCGUGGCCCAGCCUUCUGGACAAGGAGAGGGAGGAGAGCCUGCGGCAGAAGAGAUUAAGUGAAAGAGAAAGAAUUGGAGAACUGGGAGCUCCUGAAGUAUGGGGACUUUCUCCAAAGAAUCCAGAACCAGACUCUGAUGAACACACACCAGUGGAGGACGAUGAGCCAAAGAAAAGCACCAGUUCAGCUUCUACUUCAGAAGAAGAAAAGAAGAAGAAGAAGAAGUCUAAUCAUUCAAAAGAGAGGUCUAAGAAAAAGAGAAAGAAGAAAUCCUCUAAAAGAAAACACAAGAAGUACUCUGAUGACAGCGACAGUGACUCUGACUCUGACUCAGACUCCAGUGAUGAAGAUACAAAAAGAAGAGCAAAGAAAGCCAAGAAAAAGGAAAAGAAGAAGAAACAUAGAUCGAAGAAAUACAAGAAAAAGAAGUCUAAGAAGAAUAGAAAAGAUUCCAGUGAUUCAAGCUCUAAAGAUUCCCAGGAAGAGUUUCUGGAGAAUCCCUGGAAGGAUCGAUCAAAGCCUGAAGAACCCUCAGACUUAAUUGGCCCAGAGGCUCCAAAAACACUUGCCUCUCAGGAUGAUAAACCUUUGAACUAUGGCCAUGCGCUGUUACCUGGUGAGGGUGCAGCUAUGGCUGAAUAUGUGAAAGCAGGGAAACGUAUCCCAAGAAGAGGUGAAAUUGGCUUGACAAGUGAAGAAAUUGCAUCAUUUGAAUGUUCGGGUUAUGUAAUGAGUGGUAGCAGGCAUCGCCGAAUGGAGGCCGUGCGACUGCGGAAAGAGAACCAGAUCUAUAGUGCUGAUGAGAAGAGAGCCCUGGCGUCCUUUAACCAAGAAGAGAGGCGAAAGAGAGAAAACAAGAUUCUGGCCAGUUUUCGAGAGAUGGAAACAAUUUCUCAUUGUGCUACUCUCCCAUGGAUGGCUUAGCCAAUUACAUAUUAUUGGACACUCAAAAUCAACAGGCACCUGGAAGUACAUGCCCAAAACUCUUAUCAAUGCUGUGGAAGAGCUCUUCUAGUCUUCAGGUCACUCUCAGAGUGAGUGAACAGGCGGCAUCUUAACAAAGAUCCCAAGAGAGGUAAGGUAUGAAACAUGAGAACAGAUCCCAAGGGAGAGGGUUCCAGGCAGGGAGCACUGACAGUGCAAAGGCCCUGAGGUGGGAGCCGGCCUGGAAGUUGAACAGGAAGGAGACAGGUGUGACUGCAGUUAGAAAGGUGAAAAGGGAGAAGGUAGCAGGCGAUGACUCUGGGCACUGGGUUGGGAGGGAAGAGGGGACUCGGAUCACUUCAAGCUCCAUAGGCCAUUGUCAGGAUUGACUUUUGCCUUUUACUCAGAGUAAUGGGUGGCAUUGUUGGGGGGAAAUUUUUCUGCUUGUUCUGUGUCCUAUUCCAGCCUGACUCACAAACCCUGGCUGCAGUAGGAAGAGGCUUUCGCCCGACUCCAAAGGGGGACGUUCUCCAGAGCAAGGAGGUCCGAGAGUAAGUAGUACUUUGCGCCGUGCACCUCACUUCCACCUCACUGGGCCUUCCUCGGGCCUAGGGAACUGCCCUCAGGGCUGUAGGCCGUGACGGGCCAGCCUGAGAAGCAGAGACAGCAGGAAGAUUCUCGAGGGCUGAGGAGUUUGCCUCCACCUGUUCCAGCUCAACUGUCUUCUGAGGAAAUAGAGUGGGCAAGUAGGGACUGAGGAAAUACAGCGAGUAGGGAUUUCAGGUCAUGGUUGAACCCACCCCGCCAGGUAUGCAGGGCAACCUGGGUAAGCCGCUCCAAGAUAAGCCACACAAAUGGGUCAGAGCCAGGCAGAGGCAGAAAAGAGAUAGGAAUUCACAGACAUGCACAUCACGGUGUGCAGGCAUGAUGUUCCAAAACCAACUCAGAAAGAUCCAUUGGCAUCCCCUCCAUUAAUACAAGAUCUCUGAAGUUGGUGACGGGAGAACUCCUGGUUUGAAAGCCAGCAUGGGAAAAUGGCUUAGCUGGGCCUCUCAGAUUUGCUGAGGGAGAUGUAAGGUUAGGAAGAUACAAACAAGGAAAGACGACUGUGCCUCUCACCGUCGAGCCAUACCAUUUUGAUCUUGGAACCCAGAUGGGAGACAAUUGUUUACUUUUUAGUCACCUUUGAAAUCAUCUAGGGUUUCUGGGUCUGAAACUUUUCAUCAGAUGCUCCUUUUCAUUGUUCCUCGCCCUUGUAUACCCACCCGGAGCGGUCCGCUAACUUACCAGGACAAACUCCUCGAUCUGUUUGCGGCCCCUUUCUGCUGUGAAUUCACCGUGUGUGAUCCAUUUGAUGCUUUUGAUGGGCUUUUCAGCUUCUGCAAGAAAAGGAGGUGUACAAAUUAUAUAUCAUCUGCCAGAAACUAUCAUUUUUUACCAUCUCCUCUCCUGAGAUAAUAUACUUCCAUAAGUACUUGCUUUGGUGAACACUUGCAGAAAACUGUUCAGUUCCUCCUGACUUCUGCUGUUCCAUCAUAACGUGUGCUCCUGGUUUAGGGUGACAGAUGUGUCACAUCGGGAAACUCUCUGCUCCGGUUCUGGUAAGAGGUUUAUCAUAAAUGAUCACUAAAAUUUUCCAGAUGUUUUUAACAUCUACGGAGAUGGUGAAACUUAAUCAUUCUUCGGGCUGUGGACAAGGUUCGUCACAGUGCUAAGACUCUGCCCCCUUUUCUGUCUUUUUUCCAUCCUUUCCUCUUGAGUCUUGGAUUCUCUUUCUUUCCUGGCUACUACUUAAGUCUCUUCACUUUUGAGAAAUCACUUCCUUCUAGCACAGCUAUGCAUCCCUGCGGUCAGUUGCAUGAGGGGUGCAAUAGCCAAGUGGGUGUCUCUCUCCAAAAGGAGCUUAUUAUUCUUCUGUAGUUACCGCUUCCAAUUUUGGGGUGUUUAAUGUGCCUUGUUUCAUUUGACUCAGCCCUACUCCGUGAAAUCGUGCACUAGACACCUUCCAUUUGCCUUUGCAGACCCACUCCUCCCGUGUCCCCUGCUCUCUGUCCUGGAAGGCCGACCUGGCUGGACUGCGUCAGUGGGCUCCCCCCUUCCCUCUGGCUUCCAGAAGGUUCUGCACAAUGCGGAGACCAGGCUGAGGGAGGAGAAUGAGGGCAAGUGAUGUGUUCCCUGGGGAGCAGUCCGCCUUCAGGGUCCCCUGUGGCUGGAGCGGAUCCUGCUUGUCCCAGGGCAGGGAGUCUCACUUCUCAGCCCCAUAAGGGCAGUUCUGCUCUCCCCUCAGCCCUGUUCUAGAACAGCCCGACUGUUCUAGCCCCAGGGGAGCUGCACUUGCCCUUGUUGCCCUCCUGUCCGCCCACACCUUUGUAAACACUCCGUUCGCUUAACCCUUCUCUACCUGCACUGCUCAUAGUGUGCCAGGUUUCCUGGUGGGACCCUGCGACACGGAGAGACUCUUGUCACCACAUGAAAGGAGGAGGCCAGGCUCACGGCCAGACUGUCUGGCUCGGCGGCUGAUGCACUCAACUACCCCACUCUGCUCCCCCCAGGACUCCAGAGUCCGAAGCCCUCCUGAAGUCCAGAAUGCGCUCACUCGCUUUCUGUGAGCCUCUUCGAGGAGAGGUACCCUCUGCCCCCUUUCUCAUUGUUAGUUCCAGGGUGGGCUGGGGGCUGUCCAGGGCAGCCCAGUUCUUGGGGCCCUCAGUCCAGGGAUGGUCUGAACAGCCUUUCAAGCCUUGGAAAAUGCUGACUUGUGUUCAUUUGGGUCUUCAUAUUAGCAUCUGUGGCUCGGUUUGCAUGUGCCUCAGUUUCCUGUGGCUGCUCUCUGGGGGUGGACAAGGCCGUCUACUGGGGGAGGACGGAGUCUUCCCAGGCUGCCCGUCCCAGACAGCGAGGAGAGCCUGACGGGUGGCCAGUGAGGGAGUCCGAAGGCCCUCGAGCCUAGGGAACUGGCUGUCCCCAGCCUAAGAAUUGGGCCAAUUAGGCCACAGCAAUUUGCUAUAAACUUUGUAGUUAAAGACAA